AUGACCGACCUCAAGGAAAAACCGAUCAUCGUGGCGGCCGCCUUCCCUGCCUCCGGGCAUUCGGCUGGACUCAUGCGGAUUUCAGAACACCUGAUCGAGAAAGGCCAUGAGGUGUACUUCAUCACCAGGGCCGACUUCAGGGCCUCCGUCGAAAAGAUAGGUGCCCGUUUCGUCGAAAAUCCGUGGCACUGGGAGGAGGUAUCUGCUGCGAGGCCGCCCGACUCCGAUGAGCUGUGGAAUUUCAAGAACAUCUUUGCCAACGCAACUCCGCUCGCCCAUCGCGCGCUGAAGGACACGCUCGAGCAGAUCCGCAGGGACCGCCCUGACGGCGAAGUCGUGAUUCUCCACGAGAGCUUCUCGGGCGGCCUCGGUCCAUUCAUGUAUGGCGCGCCCCUGCCAAACGGGUAUACCGCCCUCCCCAAGGUCAUCAACUUCCACACCAGCGUCAACAUUGCAAGCGGCGGCAGCAUGCCCCCUUUCGGCCCCGGCCUCCCCUAUGAUCCAACACCUAAAAACCUGGCUCUAUGGCGGUCCGUCUCCGACGCAAUGCAGCCGGGGAUGGCGGGACUCACCGAGCAUUACAACAUGGUUUACAAAUCCGUCGGCGCCACCCGGCCCAUGACGAAACCCGUCUUCGACGUGGCCAUGGACCUCGGCGACGUAACGGUGCUGGCCACCACUGCCAGCCUGGAGUAUCCCCCCCUCGGCCCCAACUUCGUCCCCCCUUCCUGGUGGCCGGCCCUCACCACCAACGCCGCCCUCCCCGCAAGCUCCCCGGACAAGAAGAAGGUUGUCUUCGUCAGCCAGGGCACCGUGCACCGCGAGGUCGCCGAGCUGAUCCUGCCCACCAUCAACGCGCUAGCUGCGCGCGAGGACCUGCUCGUGAUCGCCACCCUCGGGGCGCGCGGCGCGGAGCUGGACGGCGCGGUCCAGGCGGCACUCCCUGCCAACGCCAUCGUGAUCGACUACCUGGCGUACGACGCGGUGCUGCCAUACGCCGACGUGUUCGUCUCCAACGCCGGCUACGGCGGUUUCAUGCACGGCGUCAUGAACGGGGUGCCCAUGGUGCUGGCCGGCACCGUCGCCGACAAGGCCGAGGUGUGCGCCCGCGCCGAGUGGGCCGGCAUCGCGGUCAACCUGCGCGCCCAGGAGCCCAGCGAGGACGCCAUUCGCGCUGCCGUCGAGAAGGUCUUGGCCGAUGACGGGUUUAAGAAGAAGGUGGUCAAGCUGCAGAGGGAGAAUCGGGAGCGAGACGCGUUCGCGCAGGUGGACGGGAUCCUUGACGAGUUGGUCGGGGGACGUUAAUGCGGUUGAGAACCAGAGCAUGAACUAAGAUGCGGCGAGUAUUUUCCAGAAGCAUAACCCCGGUGGUGCUGUAGGUGUGUAGAGCAUGUUAGAACUAA